CGCAGCUCGCAAGAGCCUCAAAGGAGUGUCACAUCUCCGGUGAAAGGGGGAGAGACGUGUGGACAGAGCUGAAGAGAGCCAGGGAGAGAGGGACACAGCAACCCAAGAUGUUGAAGAAGAAGGACAGCUACACGGUGAAUGACCCCAGCCGGAUUACCAGGGCUGAAGCCAACGACCUGUCAGUGCUGAUCGCUCGCAUGCAACGCAAUGCAGACCUGAUGGAGAAAGACAUCUUGGACGCUGAGGAGAAGAUGGCUUUGGACUCAGAUAAUGCAACAAAAGGCCUGAGCUUCCAGUCCCAGCGAACGACCAAGGCCCUUCUGGCUGAUGCAGAAAGGCUGCUUGAUGGACUCUUCCAGGACCUGGAAAAGGCCAAAAGCAUGAAACAUCCACAGGCUAAUGAGAUUGAGCAUGACAUCCACAACCUUCAAGACCGCUGGCAGAAAGACUGCGAUAUUCACAGUGAGGUGUAUAAGCAACUAAAGGGGACGAAGGUGUCCACAAAAGCGAACUGGCCAGUAAUGCUCAAGCAGAAACAGAUGCAGGUGGACACGGGGGAGUACGGACCAAGCGUGCCCGAUAUAGAGAAGCAGAUUGCCUCCCACAACAUCCUACAGAAGGAGAUCGAGGCAUACGGGCCCGUGCUGGACAGUCAAGCGACGAGCACCCCUGAGGAGUCUGAUACCAUUAAUAAGCAGUACAAGAACCUGUUGGAGAGCUCCCGGCAGAGGGGGCUCCACCUGAGCAGCCUGUAUGACUACCUGCUGGGCUGCACCAAAGAGGUGGCCUACCUGCGCAAGCAGCAGGACAAGGUGCUGCAGCAGGACUGGAGCGACCGCAGUGCGAGCCUGCUGGACGUGUGCCAGCUAGACGAGAAUUUUAAGGAGAGCAGCCUCCGGUCCCACGAGCGCGAGGCCCGCAAGCUCCAGGAUGACGCCGAUCGCCUCGUUCGCUCAGGACACCCUGCUAGCGCCAUUGUGAAGACUCACAGAGAUGCCGUGCGUGACGAAUGGCAGAGAUUCUCCUUUCUGUGCGCCUGUCGAGACAAACAUCUCAACAAUCUGAGGAGCUGCAAGAAGUUCCAGGCCGAUGUGGAAACCCUGUCCGACUCGCUGAGGAGGCUGCGCUCCAGCCUGGACCUGGCGACACUUGGCAGCCAGACCAACGCAGAGGCGGAUGAGGCGCUCUUGCAGCAGACCGAGCAGCUCCUAGCAGACCUGAAGAUGCGCAGUAAAAGCAUCCCCCCACUCCACCUGCGUCGCUGCGUCCCAGGCGAGCCCACUGCCGUAGAGGCCCUGAGCGACUGGAAAGACGCAAAGGUCUCCAUCACCCAAGGGGAAAGGUUCACACUGCGGUCCAAUUCAGACCCAGAAAGCUGGAGUGUCCAAACCAUCAGUGGAGCGACCAUGACCGUGCCAGGGGCGUGCCUACUCAUACCCCCUCCAGACCCUCAGACUAUAGACAAAGUAGGCAGGCUGGAGAAGGAGAUUGCAGACCUGAGGAAGAGGAGGGAAGCUGCACAGUCCUCGCAGAAGAGCGGUACCGUGGAGGUCACACAGACACAACGGUCAGUCCUCGUGUCCACCACCUUCGAUGACUCCAAAGCUGGGGGGCUGGCCAGCAAGCUUGACAGGGUGGACAGUGACCUGACGCAGGUCAAGCGGGACAUCCUGAGCCGACUCAGGGCCCCCCUGGACCGCAAAGACCCAGUGUGUGACCUGAUUGAACGGCUCGAGAAGCAAGUGAAUGCAGACCUGGUCAUUAGGAAUCUGGACCAGGAGAUAGCAGCAGUCCAAAGAGAGACUGAUCUCCUGUCAUCUGCGAAGCCUGGAGACCCAGCCAUCAACUCGCUGCGCUUAAAACUGAACUCCAUCAAGAACAAGCAGAGUGACAUCGCCACCCUCGCUGAUCUGUACACCAAAAAGGCUAAUGCUUCAGUGUACCUGGGCAACCAGAUGGAGAAAGUGGAUGUCUUUGUCACUGGGUUGGAGGAUCAGCUGUCCAAACAAGCACCAGUCCCAGACGCACCCAGUGCCAUCCAGACUCAGAUUCUGAAGUUACAGGACAUGCACAGGGAUCUGAACGGCAAGCAGCGCGAGGUGCAGCAGCUGAGCCGUGACUUGGAGCCAGUAAAGCAGGUGUGCAGUUCCCUGCAAGCAGGAUACCAGGAGUACUGCCCCGACCUCUGCAGGCAGGAGGCGGAGGUCCGUCGCCUUCAAAAACGCUAUGACAACAUCGAGUUCCAGCUGCAGACCAGAGAUGCUGUCAUGAAAGAAGCAGCCAAGAAGCACCAGACAUUUGAGAGCGCCAUCCAGUCAUUGAACUUGUUCCUGAACAAUCUGCCCAAUAACGAGAUCAGCCCCAGUGACAGUCUGUCCCAGGUCAACACCAAGAUGAACUCUCAGAAGAGGGUGAUAGAAGACAUAAGAAAGAAGAGAGAAGACUUGAAGCGGGUGACCAGCCUGUCCUUCGAUCUGCAAAGUAUUCUCAGUGAAUAUGAUGCUAACUGUGACAAGUACCGCAGCAUCGUGGAUGAGGGUGGAAAUAUCAGCCCCAAGAAACAGCAUGCCUCCAGUAUGCUGCAGUCCGUACAAGAACGGGAACGAGCUCUGCACAAGCGAUUCUCUGAGGUGUCGGCAGAGAAUGAGCAGCUUCUCAGCCAGAUGGGAUAUGCCAAGAACCUUGUCGCUCAGACUGAGGAUAGAGCCACCCAGGUGGUAGUUCAGCAACACCUUCAGUUGCAGAGCCAACAGAGAGGGAUGGAUGAGGUAGAUGGCCUCAAACAAGAACUGGCUGCUGAGACUACCAGACGCACCCGAACUGAGGAUGAGUUGGAUUCCUUCCAGAGGAGAAUGAUAUCACUGAAGAGCCGACGAGGCGUGGAACGGGUAGAGGAGAAGGAGGUCCUGCAAUACUACCGUGACCCCAAACUGGAGAGCAGCUUAGAGCUCAUGAGGAGCAAGAUUCAUGAUGAAGCCCUCAAACAGUCUAGCACCAAGGCUGAGGUUGAGGUCAUCAACAAAAAGAUUGUAGUCCUAGAAAAUGAGGUGAAGAAUGUAACCCCUAAACUGGUUACAAAGGUUGUUACAGAGAUUGAGAGAGAUCCAAAACUGGACAUCACGGCCUCCAAGAUGAGGGAGGAGCUGCAGAAGCUGAAAGAGGAGAUUAGGAUAAAAGCAAGUGAGACCAUAAAUAUGAAGACCGAGAUCUCCAUUUUGGAACAGAAGAGGCCACCAAUCAAAGAGAAAGUUGUGAAAAAAGAAGUGGUUCAACUGGAAAGAGACCCAGAGAUGCAGCGAGCCAUUGCCAGUUUUCAGGCUGAUAUUGCUAAAGAAACUGAACGGUGCAAGUAUCUCAAUGAUGAAAUUUUCAGUACUAGGCGGGAGAUAAAUACAUUGGAGAGGAUAAUCCCUACAGUGAUGCCCCGGAUUAUCACUAAAGAGGUGAAGAGCGUAGAACGGGAUCCUGAACUGAUAAAUGAGUCUAAGAGGCUGAGCACCCUCUCAGAGGAAGAGAAGGCAUUAAAUAAUGCCUUGAUAGAAGAAAUUGCCAAACUACAGCUCAGCUAUGCCCAGGUACAGAAUUUUAAACCCAAAAUUGAAGUCAAAGAGACAAUCAACGAGAUCUACAGGAUUGAUCCAGAGACAGAAGUGCAGCUUUUACGCAUGAAGAAAGAAUUGCAGGAAUCCAGCAAGCAACGUAUCAGUGUGGAACAGGAGAUAAAAAUGCUGAUGAUGGAGCUGGAGGCCCUUCGUUCUCAGAAGCCAAAAGUGGAGCUGAAGGAGUUGACUCGGGAGGUAGUGAAAGAGGAAAGAAGCCCCGAGAUCAUGAAAGAGAUGCAAAGGCUAAAUGACCAAUUGUCUUCUCUGCAGAGCACUUUUGACAGCACUUUGGAAUGUCUGACAUCCCUUCGAAAAGAGAGGGAUGAAUGGAAGGCCAAGAACUCCAAGGUGGAGACAAAGGUUGUCACCAAAGAGGUUAUCAGGUAUGAGAACGACCCUCUUUUGGAGAAAGAGGCUGAGCGCUUGAGGAAGGAAGUGCGUGAAGAAACCCAGCGACGCCGUGCCAUUGAAGAAACUGUAUUUGACCUGCAGCACAUGUACCUUCAGCUGGAGAACCAGAAACCAGAGGAACGAGUGGUGGUGAAAGAAGUGGUGCGCCUCCAGAGAGAUCCCACACAGAUUCUUGAGCAUGACAAGCUCAGCAGGAGUAUAGAUGAAGAGGUCAAGUCCCGACGAAAGCUAGAAUUGGAGGUUGAGAAGCUGAGAGCCGUGGUCAAGGAAAAAGAGACAUCUUUGGGACAGACAGAAGAACGACAAAAGAAGAUUAAGGUGGAAAUGGAGCUAAGACAAAUCAGAGCUCGAAUUACUGAACUAGAAAGCACCCCCACACCCAUUACAGAGAAAGUUGUCGUUGAGGAGGUCAUGAAGGUGGAGCGAAGUCCUGAGAUGGAGAAAAUGAUUGAUAACCUGCACGGUGAAAUGGACAGAGAGAGCAAUCAUGUAUUGCGGCUGGAGAAAGAAAUCCAAAACCUCAAGGUAAAGCUGGAGAUUCUUGAACGAGAGAAGACUACUGAAAAGACAGUCUACAAGGAGGUGAUUCGCGUUGAGAGGGAUGAGGCAGUUGAAGCGGAGAGGGCCCGACUCAGAGAACAGGUCUCCAACAAAAAGAAUGAGAGACGUGACCUGGAGGAUGAUAUCCAGCUCCUGAAUUCCAAGCUGACACGGUUGCAGAACUCAAAAAAAGGCACUUCUCGGGAGAAGGCCAGUCUGGUGCAAAGUCAUGAACCCCUGCAGAAGGAAAGUGAGAGCCUCUUGAAUGAGCUGAGGAAGCUGGAGUUGAGGAAACAGGAGAUCACCAUAACUUUCCAUCAGCAGUCCCAGCUGCUCAGUGAGCAGAACCAACAGAACAAGCGCAAGAGCAUUAUGAUGGAAGCAGAGGUGCAGCACUUGGAGAAUGACAUCUUGGAGGAAAAGAACAAGAUCCACAAGAGGGAGAACUACAUCAUUGAGCUGCAAAACAGCCUGAAGGAGGCCACCUCAGAAGUUAGGGAGACCAACCGGUCAACCAGGAUCACCAUCCUGGAUCCUGAAACAGGGAAAGAUAUGUCACCAUAUGAUGCUUACCUGGAAGGCCUAAUUGAUCGGAACCAUUAUAUCCAUCUGCAGGAGCUGGAGUGUAGCUGGGAGGAAGUCACCUCCACGGACCCGCAAGGUGAGAGGACUGUGUUGCAGGACCGCAAGAGUGGCAAGCAGUAUUCUUUCAGAAGUGCCCUAAAGGCAGGCCGAGUAUCUAAUCGUGACAUACAACGCUACAGAGAUGGCAAAAUUCCUAUUGCAGAAUUUGCCCUCAUGAUUGCUGGUGAGACCAAGACCAAAAUUCCUUUACAGGCUGAACCCAAAACUUCAGUGUCAUCCAGCAGCACAUCCUUGUCAUCUAGUGCCACUGUUUCUGGGCAGGAGGAGUGCUUCCCCAUCUCCGGCGUGAUUGACACCACCACAAACAACCGCAUGUCAGUGCGCAGCGCAUUAACACGUAACCUCAUCGACCCGGACACGGCCCUCAAGCUUCUGGAAGCUCAGGCAGCCACCGGAGGCAUUGUGGACAUCACCAACAACAUCAGAUAUUCCGUGCACAAGGCAGCGAUGAAUGGUUUGAUCGAUCGGGCUCUACUUAAACAGCUGCUCAAUGCCCAGAAGGCCUUUACUGGCAUAGAGGACUCCUCAAGCAAGAACCGCUUGUCAUUGGGGGAUGCUGUGCAGAAAGGACUGAUGCCAAGGGACAUUGCCUUUCGCUUCAUGGAGGCCCAGGUCCUCACUGGUGGGCUGGUGGAUCCCAACAGGGCAGGCCGGAUGAGUGUUGAGGAUGCCUUGAAGAUUGGCAUGAUUGACAGCGCAACAGCUGAAGCUCUUAAGGACGAAUCCAAGUCCGCUAAGGAUCUGGUUGACCCCAUCACGAAGAAGAAGAUCAGCUACAAGGAAGCCAUGGUUCGUUGCAAGAAGGAACCAUCUACAGAGCUUCUCAUGCUUCCUGUGGCUUGCACUGAAACCGAUGCUGCUCCCUCAUACUCCUCCAGGUCCCGUUCCUCAUCUUAUGGCUACUUCUGAUUUUGUUCACUGUGAAAGAGUAGCUAAUAUUACAUAUAUAAGUGAAAGAAAGCAAUACACUUAAAACUCGUAAGUUAACAUUUUAAACUGCAAUAGCUUUGGGAAAUGUGUACCUUUUAAUUUGCUCCUUUAAAUAUUGAUAUUGACCUUGACUAUAAAUCUGUUUACGUAAUUAUCUACAUUGGGGUUCUCCACUGCUGUCAUGUAUCUCCUUCACAUGAAAUAUAUUUUGCUCUCGAAUGAAGACUGUUGUAUUGUGUGAGUACAUGAUGAAUACACCAUGUUAUUAAAGUAGGUUGCUUUGCUAAUCCUGAUAUUAAAACCUUUCUAAGCACUGUGCUUUCUGAAAUAACAGUAACAUUUCUUCUGUUUCUGAGAAUUUCUGCAUUAAACGCACCCGUUUUAUACUAAAUGUGUCG